AUGUCUUCUGAUGAGAAGGUGGAAGACAUCGAUGAGUCGAUAUUGGACGAGCCCGUUGAGGGUGCAAACGCAGUUGACGAUGAGGAGAUUGACGAGUCGAUCUUAGAUCACGAAAUAGAGAUCGAUGCACCUUCAGAAGCGCAAUCUGAUGCACACUCUUACACCCAGUCGGAUACUAGCCCUCCGGAUACCGCAGAAGAGGUAAAGGAGGAAAAUUCGAAUGACACUCAACAUACAGAUAGCGAGGAGAAACCAAAGCGAAAUGGUGACUCUCCUCCAAAGAAGACACCCACUAAGCGAUCAAGGCGCUCUAGAGCAAGGCGAAACGAAUCUGAUGAUGAAAACGACGACGACGAUAAAGAUGAAGAAAUGGAAGUUGAUCAUAAA